AUGGCCCAGCCAGCUGGGGGCUCCGAGGCGGUGGGGCGACAAGCCCGGCCCAACUUAGGCGAUAUGCGCUUUUAUGAGCGCAAGUUUCCUAAUUUGGAGGAAUUGGUUAUGGUAAAGGUUCAGAGAAUAGCAGAGAUGGGAGCUUAUGUCUCCCUUCUUGAGUACAACAACAUGGAGGGCAUGAUUCUGAUGUCCGAGCUGAGCAAAAGGCGCUUCCGUUCCGUCACCAAACUCGUUAAAGUCGGCAGACUCGAAGCGGUCAUGGUCCUUAGGGUCGACGCCGUCAAGGGUUAUAUUGACCUCAGCAAAAGCAGAGUUUCUCCUGAGGAUAUCGUCAAGUGCGAGGAAAGAUAUUCUAAGGGGAAGAAGGUCCACCAAACUGUGCGCCAUGUUGCCUUAAAGCACAAUCUGCGCGUAGACGAGCUCAACGCAAAGGUUAUUUGGCCUCUUUACAAGAAGUACGGGCAUGCGUUGGAUGCGCUUAAAGCUGCUGCAAUAGACCCCGAUGAGGUGUUUGGAGGACUUGACGUAGCAGAAGACGUUAAGCAGUCUCUUAUUCAGGACAUUCAGCUCCGUCUGGCACCUCAGGCGUUAAAGCUAAGGGCUCGUGUCGACGUCUGGUGCUUCGGGCGGGAAGGCAUUGAAGCUGUCCGCGAUGCCCUCACUGCAGGGAAAGCUGUCAGCGAUGACAAAGUUGAGAUCACCGUCAAGUUAAUUGCCCCUCCACAAUAUGUCAUCGUCACGUCCUGCUUCGACAAGGAAAUGGGCAUGCAAAAAAUACAAGAGAUUAUGGUUAUGGGCACGGAGGAGGAGCGGCGUCUCGAGGAGUUGUUGUUGUCGGAAUCAUCAGAGUCGGAGGGAUCGGAGGUUAGCGAAGAGGAAGAUGAGGGAAUGGGUCGUGUUGAAGGCGAUGUACCCCAGGAUGAAAUAGAAGAAGAACCAGAAGAAACAGCUGCUGCUUAA